AUGGGGACGCGGGGCGGCGGCGGGACCGUCGUGGCGCCGCCGCCGAAGAAGGCGCCGAAGAAGCAGGACGCCGCCUUCGAGGCCGCGCGCGCGGCGCAGAAGGAGCGUUUGGCGAACAUGAAGGAGUUCGGGACGACGAUGGAGGGCGUCGACGUGCAGCAGCAGCGCGACAAGCGGCUCAACUACCUCAUGGCCCAGUCCGAGGUCUUCAGCCACUUCAUGGAGGAGAACUCCGACGGCGGCUUCAAGCGCGCCAAGGCCAAGGCCGGGCGGACGCGGAUGACGGAGUCGGCCGAGGACGCGAAUUUGAUGAAGACGGCCCAGUCGAAGCUCCGCGUGACGCGCGUCCAGACGCAGCCGAGCAUCAUCACGGCGAAGAUGCGGCCCUACCAGCUCGAGGGGUUGAACUGGCUCGUGAAGCUGCACGACAACGGCAUCAACGGCAUUUUAGCCGACGAGAUGGGUUUCGGCAAGACGCUCCAGUCCAUCUCGCUAUUGGCCUACCUCCACGAGACGCGGGGCAUCACGGGCCCCCACAUCUGCAUCGUGCCCAAGAGCGUGACGAACAACUGGAUGCGCGAGCUCCGGAAGUGGUGCCCGACGCUCCGGCCCGUGAAGCUCCUAGGGUCCAAAGACGAGCGCGCGCGCGUGCUCCGCGAGGACCUGCGCCCGGGCACCUUCGACGUCCUCGUGACGUCCUACGAGGGCAUCCUCAAGGAGAAGGCGGGCCUCAUGAAGAUCCAGUGGCAGUACCUCCUCAUCGACGAGGCGCACCGCAUCAAGAACCCGAAUUCGUCCCUGUCGAAGAUCGUGCGCCUCAUCCCGACGCAGUUCCGCCUCCUCAUCACGGGCACGCCCCUCCAGAACAACCUCAACGAGCUCUGGGCGCUGCUCAACUUCCUCCUGCCCGACAUCUUCGCGUCCGAGGCCGACUUCGAGACGUGGUUCAGUCUGGGCGACGCGGACGCGAAGGACAACGUCGUCAAGAAAUUACAUACCGUGCUCCGGCCCUUCAUGCUCCGGCGCAUCAAGAAGGACGUCGAGAAGGACCUGCCCCCGAAGCGCGAGGUCAAGCUCUACAUCGGCAUGACGGAGAUGCAGCGCCUCUGGUACACGAAGAUCCUCUCCAAGGACGCGCACACGCUCAACGCGCUCGGCGGGCCGGACCGCGUCCAGCUCCUCAACAUCCUCAUGCAGCUCCGCAAGGUCUGCAACCACCCCUACCUCUUCGAGGGCGCCGAGCCCGGCCCGCCCUUCAUGGACGGCCCCCACCUCUGGGAGAACACGGGCAAGCUCGUGCUCAUGUCCAAGCUGCUCCCGAAACUCAUGGCGCAGGACUCGCGCGUCCUGAUCUUCUCCCAGAUGACGCGCAUGCUCGACAUCCUCGAGGACUACAUGCGCCUCAACCAGUACAAGUACUGCCGCAUCGACGGCUCCACGUCCGGCGACGACCGCGACUCGCAGAUGGACGUCUUCAACGCGCCCGGCUCCGAGAAGUUCGCGUUCCUGUUGUCGACGCGGGCCGGCGGCCUGGGCAUCAACCUGGCGACGGCGGACAUCGUCGUGCUCUACGACAGCGACUGGAACCCGCAGGUGGACCUGCAGGCCAUGGACCGCGCGCACCGCAUCGGCCAGACGAAGCCCGUGACCGUCUUCCGCUUCGUCACCGAGGGCACGGUCGAGGAGAAGAUCAUCGAGCGCGCGGACCGCAAGCUCUUCCUCGACGCGGCCGUCAUCCAGCAGGGCCGCCUCGCGGAGCAGAACGCGGCCCUGGGCAAGAACGACCUCAUGGCCAUGGUCCGCUUCGGCGCCGACGAGAUCUUCGCGUCGAAAGCCAAGACCAUCACGGACGAGGACAUCGACACGCUCCUCAAGCGCGGCGAGGAGCGGACCCAGGAGCAGGCGUCGAAGAUCCAG